AUGCCAUAUUCGGAUAGAACUUCAUUCGAGUACAUAACAUCUUGCAUGUCCCUCGACCAGACAAACUUCGCUUUUCUCUCACCCAGACCGGGCCCCUAUUUCCCCAUGGCAUUUGUCACUCCCUCCCCGGUUUUGUUCCGCUUUAACGCAGCGAGAAAGAGACCGCGGAAAGUCUGCACAUGGACAUGUGUUGAGAGUGGGCACCCCCGAUCCCUUCAUGAAAUCCCAACGCCUGUACGAAUAGCCUUGACACGAGAGAGGGGAAAAAAUGCUGUACUGCAACAGGGACUCCGUGCUGUGUUUCCCUAUGCAGAGACCCUAGAGCUGCCAUGCGUGGAGACUGUUCAAGGUAAAGAUCGCGACGAGCUCCCUACACAGCUUGCCAGCGGUCCAUCUGGAUGGGUCGUCAUCACAUCACCCGAGGCUGCCGCUGUUUUUAUCGCGGGUUGGAGGAAGGCCGGAUGCCCCGAGCUUAGGCGUAUUGCGGCGGUAGGGAAGGCUACUGGCAAUGCUCUGCGAGCCGUUGGAUUGGAGGUACAGUUCGAGCCGUCAAAGGCAACAGGGAAAGCUCUCGUCAAAGAGUUUCCGACUCCCGAAACGAGACAAGAAUCAAUACUUUAUCCUGCGAGCGCGAAGGCGUCUGGAGAUGUUGUCGAUGGGCUAUCUGCGAAGGGAUACUCUGUCGUCCGGCUAAAUACGUAUUCUACUGAGUGUGCGAAGAUGUCGAAAGCGCAUCAACUCCUCGCUUCAGACACGCAUAUUGUAACGUUUGCCUCGCCGAGCGCCGUUCGAGGAUGGGUCGCGAACGUGGGUGCCUCUGAAGAUAUUGCUGUUGCUUGCAUUGGGGAGACUUCUGCGAAAGCGGCGAAGUCUCUCGGGUUCAAGCAGGUGCAUUAUCCGGAGCGACCGGGAAUGGAAGGAUGGAUAUCCGCAAUAUGUGACGCUAUGAAACUAUACGAAAGUACCUCGUUGAAGGCUGUAUAG